AUGAAUUUUUCAUCAUCUCAAAGACCUAUUUUUAGGAUUUUAAGAUCAGAAAAAAUAGUGAUAGAAACUUCAUAUUUUAACUAGUUCGAUAAAGACCUCAUCAACAUUUAAAAUUCAAACUUAAGAGUAGUAAAUUCUAUCAUAUCUAAUAAGGGAGUCAAUAGCUUACCUGAUAUAAAUGGAAAUAUUCAAUUAACAGCUAGAGCUAUUCAAUCUUUCGAGUCAAAGUUAAUAAUUAAAAAUUCAUCAUUUACUGAUCUAACUUCUCUCUAAGAAGGAGGUGCCAUUAAUCUUGUUUAAGGUGAUUUGUAUCUAAACGAUUCGACCUUCUCUCAUAAUUAGGCAUAAAUUGGUGGAUCUAUAUCUCUUUACUGCAGUCAAUAAAAUGAAGCUAAUAUUUAAGGUGGAGCCGUCAAUUACAAUAAAUAUGAGCCAGUAAAUCUUCUAACUUCUAAUAUAUUUGAAAAUAACUAUGCACCUUAUGGCUUGAAUAUAUCUAGUGUACCUUUUACUAUUAGACUCACAACCAUGACAGCUAAGAAUGUAAAUUCAGGAUAAAAAUAUCAAGGAAUCAUUCAAUUAGAAGUAGUAGAUUAUUACAUGCAGAGAAUCGUUAAUGAUGAUACAACUGGUGUAAUUUUAGUUGGAUUUUAUGAAGAUGGUACAUCAGUUACUGGUCAAACAUAGUAAAAAGCAAAGAAUGGAAUCGUGACUUUUGACGAUAUCAGAUUUUUUGGCAACCCUGGAAAUACUUAAAAGUAAUUUAAGUUUUACUCUCCCAAUAUUGAUGAUGAAAUGAUGAGAAAAGUUUAUAGACUAGAAGAAUAAGUAGUUAUUAAUGAGAUAAUAGUAGAAUGCCUUCCAUGUGAAAUAGGGACUUACUCUAUCAAUAUAAAUGACAAGGAAUGCACAUUUUGUCCAGAAAAUUCAGAGUGUCUUGGAGGAAGUGUCAUAUCUGUUGAUAGAGGCUAUUGGAGGUCAUCUAAUACAUCUAUUUAAAUCCAUAAAUGUCUAGGAAAAGAAGGCUGUCUUGGAGGAGUUCUAGAAUCUAAAAAAAGAUAUGAAAAUGACAUAUACCCUCUUUGUGAUUUAGGAUAUGGUGGGAAUCUUUGUCAUUCUUGUAAAAGAGUUAAUGGAACAUAAUAUGCAAGAACUUCUCCAAAUAAAUGUGAAGUUUGCCCAGAAACAGGGAUGAACUUAAUAUUUCUGCAAGCAGUACUGCUAAUUUUAGCUUAUCUAAUAAUUCUUGUUAUCAUGAACAUUAGAAGUAAAAAGACAAAUGAUGUCCAAGUCAUAAUGAGAAUAAUGACUACAUAUUUGCAGAUCAUAUCUUCCACUCAUGUUCUUGAUUUAGACUGGCCAGAUUUAUUAUAAUAGUUCUUUGGUGUAUUCACCUAAGUAGGUGACUCUGUGUAAAAUCUUAUUUAUUUUGAUUGCUUCAUGAAAAAAACAUUGGUAGAAAAUGAUGCUAACUCAUUUAUUUACUUUAAGACAAUAUUAAUAGGAGUAUUACCUCUGCUAUUGAUUUUAUCUUUUGCUCUUGCUUUCCAAAUUUUCGUAAUGAUUAAGAUUAAAUUCAAAAAGCAACUAGUAGAAUGGAUAGUAAUAAUGGCAGUUAUUGUUAUUUAUUUUACACAUCCCACUGUUUCUAGAAAUAUUUUGGCGAUAUUUUUCUGCAUGGAAAUUGAUAAAGGGGAAUAUUGGCUACAAAGUGACCUUUCAAUUUAGUGCUGGGCAAUGGUUAGUCUGCUUGUUCUUAUUUACAUUCAUAGACUUCAGAUAAGAUUAUAACCUUACAAAAAUCCUUUGAUCAAUGAACUUGAGAAAAGAGAAAUGAUCUGCAACCUAGUUACAUUUUAUGGAUCACUUAUCUUUGUUAAUAUUGAAUUCAGUGAUUGGAUAAAAUUGCUUUCCCUUACUAUCAUUAUUGUUUUCAACCUUUGGUUUAUAUUACUAUGGAUGUACCAUCAAACACCAAGUAAAAUUAAAAUUAAUCAUCUCUUGUAUAAUAAAGAUUCCUUUGAUCUAGUAGCAUUGAAAGACUAAACAAAUCUAUAAUUUGAUAAUUCUAAAGAUAUCAGUAACUAGACAAUUUUUGGAGUGGUAACAUAGGAUGUUCUGAGACCCCACUCAUCUACUAGCACUAUUAAAAAAUAAGCUAAAAAGGUCAAAACUCAUGUAUCUGAAAGCAAAUUUAAGAAGUAAUUUAAGCGUAAAGUAAAGUUGAUAGAACCUCGUGAAAAGCAUGUUCGCUAAGGAACUUCUGAUAUUUUUUCAGACAAUGAUCUUGACAUUAAAUAAUCUUACCCUCAAAAUAUAAAAAAAUUAACUUAUGCUCAAGCAAAGUUCUAGUCAUCUAAGGCUGUUCUAAAAUAGUUUGAGCAAAUUGAAGUUUUCAAAAGUUAAGAAGAUAUUUUAGGUUCAUCUGUUAAGCAGAUAUCUGCUUAAAUUAGGACUAAUGCAAGUGUAGCUAAUGCUUUCACAGAUCAUAACUUCCCAGAUGUGAAAACUCAAUUUAUACUUAGCAAGUAAUAAGAUAAAAGUCAUGGAUAUCCUUUUGAAACAUAAACAAUCCUCUUGAAUUCCAAUGAUUUAAAUCACAAUGAAUUCUCGCCUCUUAUGAUGGACUAAACCCUUCCAAAAGUUAAGAUACAACUUUAUAGAAGACAACUUUGCACUUAUUGUGGACUAUCAGUAUAGAGUCUUGCAAAGCAUCCUUAUCUUGAAGAUGUAAAAGUAAUGGAUUAAGAAUAUUAUCCUAAGAUGCCACAUAAUCAGAAAUACUACAAAGAUGAUUCUUAUUACUAAAAAUUAGAAGCAAAGUUAUAGCAGCCUAAGGUUAUGGAAAUGAACAUGGAUCUAAAACAUCAGUAAUACUUAUUCAUUAGAAAUCAACAACCUGCUAUUGUUAAUUAGAUAGUACCUUAACUGAAAGGAAGAUAGGUUGCACAAAAUCCUACUAAAAUAUCAGCAAACUUGUAUCUUCAUGGAUUACCUUUUUAGAAUAAUAAGGAAUAUGAAGUAUCACCAAAAUAAUAAUGGAGUAUUAGGAAUGAAGAUAUUUAAAACCAUCUUAGAAAUUAAGCUCACUUCAAGUAUUGA